GGGGGAGAAAGAACGGGUCAGUAAAGGGGUUGAAGAUUCUCCUGAGGCCUUUUCCUAGCUCUGCUCCGGGAGCUGUGAGAGUCAGAGGCCCCACUGCACCUGACUGGAGAGCCCAAGUAUGGACAGGAAUCCCCACACUGGAGAAAGCCCACCAAGAGCCCACGAGAUCACUGGGUCUGGACCGGAGCUGAUAUUGGGAGGGCUGGGGAGGCUUCCCUGGCUGGUCCUCCCUGAGUCUGGGGACCUUCGGUGUUUCCUUGCUUGGAGCUCAGUAUUCAGAGUCUGGAAAAGCAGGUAUGCUUCUCUGCCCAGGCUCAACUUAGCAGGACUGUGGAAGGACGGUGAGGUCUGAGGGAAAGAAGAACUUUGGAUUGCUCUAAUGAGGUCUCCUGGACUGUGACUUCUCCUGGAGAUGGUGGCCUCGCCUGGCCUAACAGAUGAGAGGUCAGAACACUGAAAUAUGGGAAGGGAGGUUCUUUGCUGUGUCCUAAGCCACCACUGAGGGAGACAGGGAGGGCUACGCCCUACCUUAGGUUGGCAUAAGGGAGCUAGGAGAAAUCCCAUUAACUGUGGGGCUGGAGCAUCCCUCUGGAGACCCAGGUGUUUUUUGUUGUUGUUGUUGUUGUUUUUAUCCAGGUGUUUUAAAGAAUCCCAUGUUGAAGGUGGGGCUGGCUACAGGGAGGAGUGGGGCAUCUUCUUGGAUCCGGGCCUUCCUUCCUUCAUGUGUACGUGCCUGUCAGCCAGUGGCUCUGACUGAUGCGUGGAUCCCUGCAUCCUGGCUCUCAGCCAUGUUGCUGGAGGUGGCGUCUGUGUGCUGGUCUUUCUGUGGCCUCUGCAUGUCCAGGCCUGUUUGGGGUUGCCCAGCAACUGUUUUGGUAUCAGGUGUGUCUGUGGUAUGGGUGUGAGUAGACUGACAAUUAGUUUAAUCAGAAGGGGUGUGUGUGCACAUGUGUUUCACACAUCCACAUAGGCAGGAGAGGCCUGCUGAGCUUUGAGUCACUAGGAUCUUCUAAUGAGAGGUAAGAGAAGUCACUGGGCUUAGCUAGGCCUUGGAGGCCUGUAUAGAACUCUCUGUUGCUACGGCAACCAUGAGCCUGUUGCUAGGAGAUAGUUGGGGAAGGCCCAAGGCUGCUCAGGGCGAAGAGGAGAUGAACAGAAGAGUUUGAGAGAGUGGGGGAGGAUGUGGACAGGGGUGGGUUUCUGGGUCCCUGGGGGUACGGGAUACUCACAAACAGCUUCUUCACUGAGGAGUCACUUACUAUUUAUCACUGGUCGUGAUUUACAGGAAGAAAAAUAAAAUUGCUUUUGGAAUCACCAACUCAUGAAGGCUGCUGAGGGCUAGGUUGGGGGUAUAGCAGCAGCCCUGCUUUCUCUACCCAUCUCCCACUAGAAGAAUCUUCUUCCAGUCCCGAAUUCAUUGGGCCCCAAGUUUACCCCAGCCAGAGAUGGGGUAGUGUCACUGUGCUAGAAUGCUCUAGAACCUCAGACAAAGGGCUGGAACCAGGAUCACAGAGCAUUCCAGUGCCUUUCCAGCCUAGGUGGGGCCAGCCCUCCCUCCAGCACCCCCAGCAGGCCUCAUGUGGACACUGGCACUAGGUGGCAUCUUCCUGGCAGCCGUUGAGGCCUGUGUCUUCUGCCGUUUCCCAGACCGUGAGUUGUCAGGCCGCCUGGCUCAGCUUUGCAGCCAGAUGGAGGUCCAAUGGAAGGACUGUGAGGUUUCCUGGACAUUCUCGGCCUUUGCCUUAGAUGAUGCAUCCUUGAACAAAAUCACAGAGAAGACUCACAGAGUCCUGAGAGUCAUGGAGAUCAAAGGGUCUCUCUACUCACUCCCUUCGUAUUGGCAAUGGCUUCAAAAGACCAAGCUCCGGGAGUACAACAGAGAAGCUCUCUGCCCUCCCGCCUGCCCACUGCUGGUCCUACUGUCUCCUGCAGGGGGCAGCACCAUCCUGUACAACUGUUCCACCUGCCAGGGCUUCGAGGUGUACUGUUGGCCCCGAAAGCGCUGCUUCCCAGGAAGUCACGAUCUUUGGGAAGCUCGGAUCCUGCUGCUGUUUGUGUGCGGAACUGCCCUGCUCCUGGGUGUUCCGAGCCUCGUGGUGGAGUACAACUACUUCCAAGCAAAAAGUUGACUUGUGAAAAUGAGGAAAGAGCCUAGCCUCCAGUUCUAAGGAGCUCGUGUGCCCACAACAUCCACUUCUCUCUUGGGGUUGGGGGUGGGGUGGGGAGGGGGGUGGACAGCCAGACCCUUAAUUCCAGC